AUGUGGCUUCAUAGACGCAGCGAAGAGCCAUCUCCUACUGAAAAAAAAUGUUACUGGGCCAAACCAAAGCUGGCUACUAUAGGUACUAAAUUUAUAAAAGCUAAAGAUAUGGGUCCCAGCUCAGUUACUACUGAAGAUAAAAAUACUGAUAACACCAAUUCAGAUCAGUUUUUCCUAGCAGUUGUGCAAAACCUAAAGGAAAAUUCUAUCAAAAAUCAGUUAUCAGUAUACGUUACAAAGAAUGAGUAUAAAAAAUUGUCUUUGCAUAACCUCGUUCAUCAAUACAAAAAUGAAGGCAAUAAUAUAAAUAGUGCAGAUGAUUUUAUUGAUUAUUGUUCUACUAAAAUCACCAUAGAGAAAUGUCACAAAGCAGAGGAAGCAACAGUUUGUCAAGCUAGUUCACCGUUAUGGCAUGAGUUAAGGUAUUGUAGAAUAACCGCGUCUAAAGUUCACGAAGCCGCACAUUGCAAGACUCCUGAUGGUGCUUUGAUUGAACAAAUAUUUGGUGUCUCUGUACCAGAGACUCUGUCUAUGAAAAGAGGCAAACGAUUGGAAUCCAAUGUCAGAGCAGAAGUAGCCAAAACAAGGAAAAUAGUUAUUGAAAAUUGUGGUUUCUUUUUAAAACCUGAUUGGCCUCAUUUGGGUGCUUCUCCAGAUGGAUUGACAAGUGAAUACGUAGUAGAAAUAAAAUGUCCCUCGACAAAGAAAGGAAAGGAAAGUUUUCUAAAGAAUAGUGUUAUCGGCAGCAAAUGGAAAGCUCAAAUUCAGCUACAAAUGUUUUUUUGCAAUAAAGUCAAGGGAUUGUUUUGUGUAGCUAAUGAAAAUUUUGAAAGCAAUAAAAAAGUGGAAAUAUUUGAAGAAGAUUAUGAUGAAAACUAUUGUACUGAUCUUUUAGAGAAGUCCACGCAUUUUUGGAAAACAUCAGUGUUUCCGAAACUGGUUGAAACUUAA